CCUGUGGGCUGCUCCGGGCUCAGUCCCUCCCGCCGCGAGCCGCCCAGGGCGGUGGCCUGUAGCUGCGGCGCUCUCGGAAUCGAUGCAAGUAGCUGGGGAGGGUGUGGUUUCUGGUCCGUUUGCGAAGUCAGUCGGGGUAUAGGAGUGAGAGGGCAACCGCGAGUCAGCGCCAGGCCGAGGACCCUCCCAGAACCACUUUUGCGGGGUCCUGACGCAGACGCGGGCGGCUCGCGGGCGCUCGCAGGGGCGUGGAGCCGGGCGGGGUGUGACCCCGAGCGGGAAGCCCCGACCUGCCUGCUACGUCCGGAGGCGAAGGUGCCGACCCUUCUGGCUGGCGAGGGGGCGGGUCUCCAGGUGCCCGAUGUGAGGCCACUGUCAUCUUCCAUCCUCACCCCCAUUGUGGUUACUUCGUUACUAGGAGCCACAAUGGACACAGCUAGUCAUAGCCUUGUCCUUCUUCAGCAGCUGAACAUGCAAAGAGAAUUUGGUUUUCUGUGUGAUUGCACAGUUGCUAUUGGAGAUGUUUACUUCAAAGCCCACAGAGCAGUGCUUGCUGCUUUUUCUAACUAUUUCAAGAUGAUAUUUAUUCACCAAACAAGUGAAUGCAUAAAAAUACAGCCAACUGACAUCCAACCUGACAUAUUCAGCUAUUUGUUGCAUAUUAUGUACAUGGGGAAAGGGCCAAAGCAGAUUGUGGAUCACAGUCGUUUGGAGGAAGGGAUUCGAUUUCUUCAUGCUGACUACCUUUCGCACAUUGCAACUGAAAUGAAUCAAGUGUUCUCACCAGAGACUGUGCAGUCCUCAAAUUUGUAUGGCAUUCAGAUCUCAACAACCCAGAAAACAGCUGUCAAACAAGGCCUGGAGGUCAAAGAAGCUCCUUCCAAUACCAGUGGAAACCGAGCUGCUGUCCAGGGUGACCACCCCCAGUUGCAGCUCUCUCUUGCAAUUGGUUUGGAUGAUGGCACGGCAGACCAGCAGAGGUCCCAUACUGCUGCCCAGGCACUGGAGGAACAUCCAAAGGCUCCAGUGUCUAUCAAGCAGGAGAGAUAUGACUCAGAAUCUCUGAUCUCACAGAGUCAUCUUUCACCCUCAUCUGAAAUGACUGGUCCCACUUUCACUGAAAAUAGUAUCAAAAUACACCUGUGUCAUUACUGUGGAGUACGUUUUGAUUCCCGUAGUAGCUUAAGACAACAUCUCCAUACUCAUGUGUCUGGAUCGCUCCCAUUUGGUGUUCCUGCUUCAAUUCUGGAAAGUAAUGACCUUGGUGAAGUGCACCCACUCAAUGAAAACGAGGCUCUUGAGUGUCACAGACUCAGCUCCUUCAUUGUCAAGGAGAAUGAACAGCAAUCCGACCACUCAAACCGUGGUACCACAGAGCCUUUGCAGAUCAGUCAAGUGUCUUUGAUCUCCAAAGACACUGAGCCAGUAGAAUUAAACUGUAAUUUUUCUUUUUCAAGGAAAAGAAAAAUAAGCUGUACCAUCUGUGGUCAUAAAUUUCUCCGAAAGAGCCAGUUGCUAGAACAUAUGUAUACACACAAAGGUAAAUCUUACAGAUAUAACCGAUGCCAAAGGUUUGGUAAUGCAUUAGCACAGAGAUUUCAACCCUAUUGUGACAGCUGGCCUGAUGUGCCUCUGAAAAGUUCUCGCUUGUCACAAGAACAGUUAGACUCAUCUUGUGUUUUAGAGUCAGAGGUCAUACAAGAAAAUGUGGAUACUAUCCUAGUUGAGUAGCAGUUUCUCCUUCAGAAUUUUUAUAUAAAUCUUGAAAAAGAAAACUUGUGUGUCUUUUAUAAUUUAUAAAUUAAGUCCCUUAAGUGCUAUUGACUUUUUUCCAUUCAUUUUUUAAGUAUGAAUAUAUCAAAUCUCAUUAUAGUCUUUAAUUAUAAUUAAAGACUGUUAAAACAUAACCAUCAAUUAGGGCUAUGAACUUUUCAUCAGUUAAGUUAUAAUUUAAAAAUAAAAAAUUGGGGGGGUUGGGUGGUAGCGCAGUGGGUGCAAAGCGCAAGGACCAGCUUAAGGAUCCUGGUUCCCCACCUGCAGGGUUGUCACCUCAUGGGUGGUAGAGCAGGCCUGCAGAUGUCUGUCUUUCUCUCCCCCUCUCUGUCUUCCCCUCCUCUCUCCAUUUCUCUCUGUCCUAUCCAACAACAACAGCAUCAAUAACAACAACAAUAACUACAACAACGAUAACAAGGGGAAAAAAUAGCCUCCAGGAGCAGUAGAUUCGUGGUGCAGGUACCAAGCCCCAGCAAUAACACUGGAGGCUAAAUAAAUAAAUAAAUAAAUAAUUGGGGCUGGCAAAAUAGCUCACAUGGAUAUUGUGCCACUUUGCCAUGUGUGUGAACUAGGUUACAGCUCAGACCCCACUGCAUUGAAGGAAGAUUCGGUCUUAUGGUCUGUUUCCAUCUUUCCUUCUCUGUUUCUGUCUUAAAAAAAAAAAAAAAAGAAGAAAGAAAAGAAA